UUUAGUAAACAUAUAUAUUGAACACAAUAAAAAUAUGCCACAAAAGACUAUAGGAUCAUUCUUUACAAAGAAGACUGCCUCAAAGAAGACCGAAAAUGAUGGGAUAUGGUAGAUUUUUACAUCACACCGUAUUUCACUUGAGAAUAAAUUUGUUACAUACUGCUUUGUAUUUGAAUGUUCCUGUUUAUCCACAAAUAAAACAUAUUUUAAAGAGAAACAUUUAUCCUGCUGUAUUCUGCAGACUAGCUUCGAACAAAGAAAUUGAUUCACCAGUAAAAACAUCGAAGAAGGCAAACAAAAAAAGAGUAAUAGAUAGUGAUGAAGAAAGUGAGGAACAUAAUACUUCUAACAAGGCUGUAGCAACAAAUAAUUCGGAGAAUACAGUUGAAAGUAAUGGAAAAAAGGUGAAAAGUGAAGUUUCAAAUGGCCAUGAGGCUGACACUCAAAACAAAUUACCUCCGAAGAGAAAAACUGCUAGAAAGAGUGUCGUUGGACCAACGAAGCGGAAGUUAAGUUCAGAAGAUGAAGUUCCUAACGACAGCAGCACAAAAUGUCAAAAAAUAUCAAGCCAAUGCAAAGAAGACAUUAAGAAGUGUGAUGAUGUUUCGCGUGAUGAAAAAUCAGACAAAGAGAUCACAAAGUCUGCAGACGCAAAAGCUGUGCAAGUUAAAAAAGAAGCAGAUAGUACACCAUGUAAGAAAGACACAGAGAAAGAGGAGUCCCAUAAAAAUGUAGAAAAGAAAAAGACAGGAUCAUUUUUUACAAAAACUGAAACUAAUACAGAAAAAAAAUCUGAGGUAUCAGUAAAGCCUGAAAAUUAUAAUCCAUCGAAAUCCAAAUACCAUCCUGUUGAUGAUGCUUGUUGGAAUGUUGGACAAAAAGUACCAUACCAAGCAUUGAGUAGAACGUUCCAAAAUAUUGAAGAAAUUUCUGCUAGGUUAAAAAUACAAUCAAUAUUGUGCAAUUUCUUUCGUUCUGUUAUUGUUCUCACACCUGAUGAUCUGUUAUCCUGUGUCUAUUUAUGCUUGAAUAAACUAGCACCAGCAUAUGAAGGCAUAGAGUUAGGCAUUGGUGAAAAUGUUUUGAUGAAGGCUGUAUGUGGUGCUACUGGUAAAAGUAUGAAAGAAAUAAAAGCAGAAGUUGCAGAAAAAGGUGACUUGGGCAUUGUUGCUGAGAGCUGCCGUACAAAUCAGAGAAUGAUGUUUGCUCCUCCUCCACUGACUGUAGCGAAUGUUUUUAACAAACUAACAGAAAUAGCAAAAAUGACUGGACAUUCGUCCAUGGCGAAAAAAACUGAAAAAAUACAAGGCAUGUUUGUUGCGUGUCGAAAUUCUGAAGCAAGAUACUUAAUCAGGUCUCUGGGUGGCAAACUCCGAAUCGGAUUAGCAGAGCAGUCAGUGUUAGUCUCUCUUGCCCAUGCUGUCGUUCUCACUCCACCAGGUCAAAGUUAUCCACCAGAGAUAUUAGAUGCUGGCAGUUGUCUAUCAUCCGAAAGUUUGAAGAAGGACAUGGAUGAAGCAGCAUUAGUGAUCAAGACAGCAUAUUGUGAAUUACCUACCUAUAAUGUGAUUAUUGCGAAACUUCUUGAAGCUGGAUGGAAAAAACUACCUGAAACAUGUCAUAUAACACCAGGAAUUCCAUUAAAACCCAUGUUGGCGCAUCCUACUAAAGGAAUUGGCGAAGUUUUGAAAAGAUUUGAUAAUGCAGAAUUUACUUGUGAAUACAAAUACGAUGGUGAACGCGCUCAAAUCCACGUGCUUGAGAAUGGCAAGAUACAUGUUUUCAGCCGGAACCAAGAAAAUAAUACCACUAAAUAUCCGGAUAUUAUAUCUAGGAUGCCCAACGUGAUGAAAUCACAUGUUAAAUCGUGUAUUAUUGACACUGAAUCAGUUGCUUGGGACAAAGAAAAGAAACAAAUUCUACCCUUUCAAGUUCUGACAACAAGGAAAAAGAAGGAUGUUGAUGCAAAUGAGAUAAAAGUGCAAGUUUGCGUUUAUGCAUUCGAUCUGCUUUAUUUAAAUGGAGAGUCACUUGUGAGGAGACCUUUCAAAGAAAGAAGAGAACUACUUCGAGACGCUUUCGAGGAAAUUGAAGGGGAGUUUGUGUUUGCCACUUCAAAAACGUCAUCGGAUACAGAUGAGAUUUCAGAGUUUUUAGAGGAAUCUAUUCAAGGAAACUGCGAGGGUUUGAUGGUGAAAACAUUAGACGUAGACGCCACAUAUGAAAUCGCAAGAAGAUCACAUAACUGGUUGAAGCUCAAGAAAGACUAUCUUGAGGGAGUGGGUGAUACUCUUGAUUUGGUGGUAAUUGGAGGCUACCAUGGCACCGGUAAACGAACGGGAAAAUAUGGCGGAUAUUUGCUAGCUUGUUACGAUGAGGAAAAUGAAGAAUAUCAAUCCAUAUGCAAGACAGGCACUGGAUUUUCAGACGAACAACUGUUAACACACUCCACGUUCUUCAAAAAUCACGUGAUAGAGAAGCCUCGUUCCUACUAUCGUUAUGGUGACAACGUAAAACCAGACCAUUGGUUCGACGCUGUUCAGGUUUGGGAAGUACGAGCUGCUGAUCUUUCAAUAUCCCCAGUUCACAAAGCUGCCAUGGGAAUUGUGGAUCCCCAUAAAGGAAUCUCGUUACGAUUUCCGCGAUUUUUACGUGUUCGAGAGGAUAAAAAACCAGAAGAAGCCACCUCGGCUAAUCAGGUCGCUCAAUUCUACAACAGCCAGCAGCAAAUUCAAAACGCCAACGAAGGUAAGAAAGCAGAAGACGAUGACCAGUUUUACUAACUCUAAGAAAUAGACCUCCGUGGAGGAGUGCAUUAGUUGUGGUUUCCUCCGAAGGAUUAAAUCGCUGAAAUCGCAUAAAAACUCCGAGCAAGAAUUACGCGCUAACGUCUGAAAAAAAAAUCAAGAAGAAAAGAAGCGCCAUUGUAAGAAAAAGACGUUCCUAUUUAUACCAUUUAAAUGCAACUCUCUGUACAUGUUUUCUUGUACGCAAAUCUCUGAAUUUAAAAUAUAUUGUUAAUGUAAGUUUUA